AAUAUUUUACAAAUUUGCAUCAGAAAAGUUAGCAUUUGGAUUCAACUGUCUUGAGAUGAUGCUUUAAAUAUCCACCUUGUGUCUCUUGGGGUUUGUAUCAGUUCUGUAAACACAUAGCUAAAGAUUAGGGUGAUGGUAAGGAGGCUUGGAGCUCAUCAGUACAGAAAAACCGCCUAUUAUUAUCAGUGGAGCAAAUACCUGCUCUGCAACGAAAAUUUUAAAUGCAUUUUUUUUUUAAUACUUUUGCAUUGUUUCAUUAUCUUUUAAGCAAUGUUUCUAUAUCUGUCGGAAACAAACUUCCUGGAUGAAUUAAAAUAGUUAGCCAACUAAAUCUGCCAGAUGUAAGAAUGAUUCUGGAUUUUACGGUAAGGAAGGUCAGAACAUGUUUGUCUUUCAUCAAACACCAAAGUAAAGAGUCUUUUUUAUAUAUUUUACUUCCAAGAAGACGCUUGAAGAACUGGAACCAGAACAAGAAUCUGUCAUGCGCAGAUACUAAGAAAUGGCUAAAGGCUCCUGGAAUUUUAAGAUGUUAUUUUAUUUAUUUUAUGUUUUUUUUUUUUUUUUUUAUUUAGAUUGAAACAAGGAGGUUGGAAAGUGUUGAGAAAUGCUUGACAUCAAACAAAGCUUUUUCUUUGAACAUAAAGCACAAGUUAAAAAAAGCAAUUUUCAUCUUUGAAAUUUUGUAAACGUGCAGAAAUAAGCCAUUUAGCAAGCAACACUAUUGUGUGGUUGUUUUAUGUGACUACAGGUGGAAAUUAAUAUUGCGAUAUAAUUACGACACUAUUGCACUGUUAAAAUUUGGAUAAACUGAUUCAAUUCAACAAUCAGCCAGAAUCAGGAUUUUACCGUCAAGUUUGUUGUUUUUGUUGCUGCAUAACUUCCUUUCUCAUCAGCUCCGCCUGGGGAGUUCCACUGACAUCACCAGGAAGCAAAGCAAGGCCUUUUAUACGACUCCUCUCUCAAAGCUGGCAACACACAACCAAACUGCUCUUGCUGCUGGUGCAACAAACAAACAUCAACAUCAUGGACACUCUGGUUUCUGAUGAUCAGAACCGCCGAAGGAUCGGGGAAGUAGAGAAGUCCUUCCGUCCUUCACGGCUGCAGCUUUCAACACCAGGUCGAUUUCUGAAAGGAGAGGGCCCCCUGAUGAAGCAGGGCCGCAAGAAGUGGGAUCAGAAAAUGUUCUUCCUCUUCAACGAUAUCCUGGUGUACAGCAGCAUCAUCAUGAACAACCGCUGGUACAAGAACCCCAAGAUCAUCYCGUUAAAGGACAUSAAGCUGGAGGACAUGGAGGACUUUGACGAUGUGAAGCACCAGUGGCUGAUCUGCACACCUCGCAAGUCCUUCCACGUGUCGGCCUCCUCCGACGAGGAGAAGAAAGCCUGGCUGGAACAUUUCAAUGACCUGCUGCAGAACCAACCAGACCGACUUUACGCCAUUAACUGGAUCCCCGAUUGUGCUGCUGAGAAGUGCAUGCGCUGCCUCACCACGUUCACCACAACCAACCGGCGACAUCACUGCAGAAAGUGUGGCUUCGUGGUGUGCAACGCGUGCUCCAAGGGCCGAGCCCUCAUCCAGCACAUCAACCCCAACAAACCGCUGAGGAUCUGCAAAGUCUGCAACAAAACAGAGGAAGACGAGAACGCACGCUCGAGGGGAGGCAGCGCUGAUUCAGAAGCAACAUCCAGUGGUGAUGAGUGAACAUUGACCAUUGACCUCCCCUGUAGGUUGAAAUUGACUUGGUGUGACAGAAACCUUAAGUCUAGUUGCGUGCCCCCCCUGUUGCCAAGGUGUGAAAUCACAGAUCGCAUCUAAAAUCUGUGUUAGGAGAAGCAUGUGGGGAUUGGAAGAGUUGACCAUGGAGGGAGAGGUAGGACACCUGUCAGCCGUCACCAUCAAUGUGUUGAUAAGAUCUGAGAAGACUGGAGAACAGCAACGCUACACAACUCUGGACUCUUGAUGUACAUAAAGAAGCUGCUGUAACACUCAGAAAAUCAUAAAGUAUUUAAAGAGUAAACAGCAUUAUGAGAGUAUUGUAAAUAUAUUCAUCUGUUUAUCACUGAGCUCAAAGUGUCACGUUUUCUAUGCCAAAUGUCUCCGUGACAAUGUUAUGAUAUUGUUUUUGUUAAUGCAUUUGUUGUAAAACCUUUGCUGCAACUUUAUCAAUAAAAAUACAUGUGUGGUAAAA